ACAGAAAAUAUAAAAAUCUUGUUUUGUUACUGUUCAGAUAUUGUAGGCAUUCAUUGCCCAAGACUUUGCCGAAAAGCUUUUAAAAGAGAAAAUUAAAUUUAAAACAUAGUUGAAAGAAUUAAGUUCUGUGGCGAAACCAUGUUCUCUAACUAGUUUUUUCCAUUAUUUUACGAUUAUAAGCUGUUUAUGAGCCUAAGUUUCCCUGUAGUUUUGUACCGUUUUUUAUUCAUUGUUUCACAAAGUAGUUUUUUUUUCAUAGUUCCCAGACUUUUAUAUGGAAUUAUAAAAGAUAUGUAAAUCAGCCUUGUAUACUAGAAUAGUAUACUAAUAGUAAACUUUCUUCUAAUUAUUAACAUAUUAUUGAUAAUCUCAACCUUUAAAAUGAAUUUUUAUUUUUAUUUUACUGGACAUAAAAUUGUCUGCCAUGAAAUUAAAUAUGUACUCUGUAGUAUAUUUUCUGGGUAAAGCUGUAAUUGAAUUAAAGACUAAGUACAUAGUAAUAGUUAAGUAAAAUCUGCAAAAGAGCUUCAUAAAUCAUGGUUGUGAUUUAUUUUGUAAUGAAUUUAGUUGUCAUGAAUUAGUUUCGUCUGUGAUAUUAAUUUUAUUUUCAGAUAAUAAGAAUGGCGCCAAAAGCGGAGGAAGAAUUCGAGGAUUUCGAGAUAGAGGGAGGGGAGCAGGGAUUAUCUAAAGGUGUGUUUGCGUACAAGAGAAGCAAGAGAACCCGUCCCCUGAGUCCUAAGAAAGGAGGAAAGAAGAGAAGGAAGAUUGCUCCCCUGAACCAGAAUACUCAACUAAAGGAUCAAUUUCUAGAAAACUGUUUUGCAAGCAAAAACCAACAUUGGGCCAGGGAGAGGGUUAUUGUGCACAACAGUAUAGUGAAGGAGAUGGAGGUCAGGGUUGACAAUAUUCAAAAGAAUAUCUUUAAAACUGUUCAUGAUAGUAUUCUUCACUUUGUGGAAGCUUCUGAGAAGUUGACCCAUUCUACAAUACCUACUGCUGUGCUACUGACAGGGGUCAAUAUGCCCGAUCAUUCAAAGGUUGUCGGUCAUCUAGUAGAUAGAUUGAAGAGUGUAACCCCUCACAUAUCCCUUCUUGGAUCAGGGUUGAACCUCAAGCAGCUGGUGGUUCAUCUUGUCAUGGAUAUUGUUAAUUCUCAAGGUUAGUUUAGUUUAAUGGUU